GCGCCUACUUUGAAGCCAUGUUGAAGACGCAAGACGACUUCUCUCUCUUUUCUCAGCAGCAGAGGACGGACAGAGAGAGGAUGAAGAUGCCCAAGCCGACGAACGUCCGUGUUACCACCAUGGAUGCUGAGCUAGAGUUUGCCAUCCAGCCCAACACAACAGGCAAGCAGCUCUUUGACCAGGUGGUGAAGACAGUUGGUCUGAGGGAGGUUUGGUUCUUCGGCCUCCAGUACAUCGACAGCAAAGGCUACGUCACAUGGCUAAAGCUCAACAAGAAGGUGACACAGCAAGAUGUGAAAAAGGAGAACCCUCUGCUAUUUAAGUUCAGGGCCAAGUUUUUUCCAGAGGACGUCUCAGAGGAGCUCAUCCAGGAGAUCACGCAGAGGCUCUUCUUCCUUCAGGUGAAGGAAGCCAUCUUAAACGACGAGAACUACUGCCCCCCCGAGACCGCCGUGCUCUUGGCCUCCUAUGCCGUCCAGGCCAAGUUUGCCGACCACAAUAAGGACGUGCACAAGUCUGGCUACCUGGCGGCCGACCGCCUGCUGCCACAAAGAGUCCUGGAGCAACACAAGCUGACAAAGGAACAGUGGGAGGACAGAAUACAGACCUGGCACGAGGAACAUCGGAGCAUGCUCAGGGAGGAUGCCAUGAUGGAGUACCUGAAGAUCGCUCAGGACCUGGAGAUGUACGGCGUCAACUACUUUGAGAUCAAGAACAAGAAGGGCACCGAGCUGUGGCUGGGCGUCGACGCUCUCGGGCUCAACAUCUACGAGCACGAAGACAAGUUGUCGCCCAAGAUAGGCUUCCCCUGGAGCGAGAUCCGAAACAUCUCCUUCAACGACAAGAAGUUUGUCAUCAAGCCCAUCGACAAGAAAGCGCCCGACUUUGUGUUUUAUGCGCCGCGCUUGCGCAUCAACAAGCGCAUCCUGGCACUGUGCAUGGGCAACCACGAGCUGUACAUGCGGCGCAGAAAGCCCGACACCAUCGAAGUGCAGCAGAUGAAAGCUCAGGCCCGGGAGGAAAAACAUCACAAGCAGAUGGAGAGAGCGCAGCUGGAGAACGAGAAGAAGAAGCGCGAGCAAGCCGAGAAGGAGAAGCAGCGCAUGGAGCGCGAGAAGGACGAGCUGAUGGAGCGCCUGCGUAACAUCGAGGAGCAGACGCAGCGAGCGCAGAAAGAGCUGGAGGAGCAAACCCGCAAGGCUCUGGAGCUGGAACAGGAGAGGAAGCGGGCCAAGGAGGAAGCCCAGCGUUUGGACAAGGAGCGGAGGGCCGCCGAGGAGGCCAAGGCUGCCCUCGCUCAGCAAGCCGCCGACCAGAUGAAGAACCAGGAACAGCUGGCUGCUGAAUUAGCCGAGUUCACCGCCAAAAUUUCUCUGCUGGAAGAAGCCAAGAGGAAAAAGGAGGAAGACGCCAACGAAUGGCAGCACAAAGCCAUUGCGGCGCAGGAAGAUUUAGAAAAGACGCGGGAGGAGCUGCGGGUGGCCAUGACUUCACCCACUAUGGCGCCGCACGAGCAGGACGAGCAUGACGAGAGCAACGGACAGGCCAGCGCCGAGCUCUCCAGUGACGGAAUCUGCAGCCAGCGUAGCGAAGAGGAAAGAGUCACAGAGGCACACAAGAACCUGCGCGUCAAGGAGCAGCUGCAGGCUCUGAGCUCCGAGCUGGCGGACGCUCGCGACGACAGCAAGAACACAGCCAACGAUGUCCUUCACGCUGAGAACGUGCGAGCCGGCCGCGACAAGUACAAGACGUUGCGGCAAAUCCGGCAGGGCAACACCAAGCAGCGCGUCGACGAGUUUGAGUCCAUGUGAGAGAGGCACCAAAAAAAAAAAAAAACCUCAGCAGAGACUUUCGCUUGCGCCUCGCCAAAGAUCCGCCAAUCGCCCCCAAAAAAGCAUCUUUUUACCAGACGACUCACCCGGAUGACUCUAAAGCUUUAAUGUCGCUCGCGGACUUUGAUAUCCGUCAUUUUUUUUUUCUGUCUAGCAUUGUUUUCAGCCAUUUUGUUUCUUGCGUAGGAUUCUCUUACGUUUGACUUUGUUUCCUGUAUGUGUGGCUCAACAGCUGACCAGUAUAACUCAGAAAACCAAAAA